CUCAAGACCCGUCCAAACGUCCACAACACACUUUGCAACACAGCCGAGAACUCACCGGUUCUCUUGUAACGGCACAUUGAGUUGAUGCAGAAUGCAAACGAACUGUAGCCUCUCCGCCCUUCGGCACUUUGGAUGAGGACGCCGGGCAAGGACACCACCCCGCCGCUGCUGAUUCUUCUGACGUCCACUUUGGAUCCUACCUUGCCGCGCAUCUGGAUGUCCAUCCUUUUUCGAACACGGGUGACUCACAGUUAGCAGAAGGCGAGCCUCUGCAUCUUAAUCACACAGCAAAGAGGACUUCAGCUCAUUGACAUUACAGUCAGACUUUCCUGAAGCCGCUUCAUUUAUUUAUUUACACUGCGGUGUAUUGUAGCCUGCAAAGAAAAGGGAUGCACAUUUUACUUGUCAUUUAAGGGUGUCAAACUCACCCAAACCCAUUUGGGAACUGACUUUGGAUAUUUGUAUUUUUACAAUAUUUCUGGAUUAUUAUGAGAAAUCAUAGGUGGUAUCAUUUUUUGUUCACAAUGAGUAUUCAAUUUGGAGAGUGGAUCAUGAUUGCUCAAAUGACUCUGAGUGCGCCGCGGAAUAAGAAUUAGCCGUUCAGCACCACAAAUUGCUGGGAGAGGCAGAAGAGGAGCGCAACAGAUCAAACACAAUCCACUAAGGCAAAUGUCAAGACCUCACAUGAUGAACAGGACUCUGCAUUUGAUCUCAAGUAAUAUUAUCCGAAUCUAAUAAAAUAUCAACAGGUUAAAGGCAGCACAGAGAGUACAGAGCUUUUUGCCACUACUACAGAGUGGGGAUGUAUCUUUCUAUUUUCUUUUUCCUCCUCUUAUGGGCUCAAGCCCUGACAUUGAAAAACUUGAAUUACUCUGUCCCAGAGGAACAAGGUCCGGGAACAGUAAUUGGAAACAUUGCCAAAGAUGCCAGACUUGGACUGGAACUGAAUGGGCAGGGAGGGCAGGGAAAGAAAGCCAACUUCAGGGUGUUGGAGAAUUCAGCACCCCAUCUCAUCGAUGUUGACCCCCAGAGUGGACUACUUUAUACAAAGCAACGCAUUGACAGAGAAACAUUGUGUAAGAGAAACCCAAAGUGCCAGCUCUCCAUGGAAGUGUUUGCCAAUGACAAGGAGAUCUGCAUGAUUAAAAUAGACAUCCAAGACAUCAAUGACAACUCACCCGUUUUCCCUUCAGAUCAGAUUGAUAUUGACAUAUCUGAAAAUGCAGUUCCAGGGACGCGCUUUCCUUUGACCAGCGCACAUGAUCCAGAUGCAGGGGAAAAUGGCCUGAAAACCUAUCAGAUAACACGUGAUGACUAUAAUCUCUUUUCUUUGGAGGUAAAAUCCCGCGGGGAUGGAACGAAGUUCCCAGAAUUGGUUAUUCAAAGACCACUGGACCGGGAAGAAAGAAGUCACCACACUCUUAUAUUGUCAGCCACCGAUGGUGGGGAAUAUCCAAGGUCAGGUACCAUGCAGAUAAAUGUUAAAGUCAUUGAUUCAAAUGACAACAGCCCUGUAUUUGACCAGGCCUCCUAUGUUGUUGAAAUUCCUGAAAAUUCACCUCCUGGUAAAGUCCUGAUCGAUUUAAAUGCCACAGAUCCUGAUGAGGGCAACAAUGGACAAGUAGUCUAUUCUUUUAGUGGCUAUGCCCCAGAGAGAAUCCGGGAGCUGUUCUCAAUAGAUUCCAGAACAGGGGUCAUAAAGAUUCAGGGUGAAAUAGACUAUGAGGAGAGCCCAGUUAUUGAGAUUGACGUCCAGGCAAAGGACCUCGGACCCAAUCCGAUCCCAGGCCAUUGUAAAGUCACUGUUAAAGUGCUAGACAGGAAUGAUAACUGGCCCUCUAUUGGCUUUGUGUCCGUAAGACAGGGAGCCAUCAGCGAAUCAGCUCCUCCAGGCACUGUUAUUGCACUGGUUCGUGUCACAGACAAGGACUCUGGCAGGAAUGGGCAGCUUCAAUGCAGAGUGUUGGGUAAUGUCCCUUUUAAACUAGAAGAGAACUACGAUAACUUCUACACAGUGGUGACAGACAGGCCAUUGGACAGAGAGGUACAAGAUGAGUAUAAUGUCACCAUCGUGGCCAAAGACAAUGGUCUUCCCCCUCUGAAUUCCACAAAAUCCUUCUCUGUAAAGAUUCUGGAUGAGAAUGACAAUAUCCCCUGCUUUACCAAAUCAGUUUACCUUCUCCAGAUACCAGAGAACAAUAUUCCGGGGGAGUUCUUGGGUUCAGUUGUUGCUCAUGACCCAGAUUUAGGCCAGAAUGGCACAGUGUACUACAGCAUUAUUAACUCCAAUGUUAGUGGAGGUGAUGUCAAUACUUAUGUAAAUGUGAAUGCUGCCAAUGGAGCCAUAUAUGCAGUGAGGUCAUUCAACUAUGAGCAAAUCAAAUAUUUUGAUUUCAAGGUUCUUGCCCGAGAUGCUGGCUCGCCACACCUAGAGAGCAACGCUACGGUGCGCAUCAGUGUUCUGGAUGUCAAUGAUAACAUACCUGUCAUUGUUCUACCCCUUUUACAAAAUGAUACUGCUGAAAUCCAUGUACCACGCAAUGUUGGUGUUGGCUACAUUGUCACCACAUUGAGAGCAGUGGACAAUGACUAUGGUGAGAGUGGGAGACUCACCUAUGAGAUCUCAGAUGGGAAUGAAGAGCACCUUUUUGAUAUAGAUCCAGUGACUGGCGAAGUGCGAACAGCCCACCCUUUCUGGGACAAUGUAAAUCCCACUGUUGAGCUGAUCAUCCGUGUGUCAGAUCACGGCAAGCCAACCCUCACUGCUGCUGCUAGGCUUAUCAUUAAAGCCUCCAAUGGACAUCCUGCUGAUGGACUGCUGCAUGUCGAUGACAAUCAGAACUGGGACAUGUCGCUGCCUCUCAUUGUAACUCUCAGUAUAAUAUCAAUCAUGCUUCUGGCUGCCAUGGUCAUCAUAGCGGUCAAGUGCAAGAGGGAAAACAAGGAGAUACGAACCUAUAACUGUCGAAUUGCAGAAUAUUCCCAUCCACAGCUGGGGAAAGGCAAGAAAAAGAAGAUUAACAAGAAUGACAUCAUGCUGGUGCAGAGCGAGGUGGAGGAGCGGGAUGCCAUGAAUGUGAUGAAUGUGGUAAGCAGUCCUUCCUUGGCCACCUCUCCCAUGUACUUUGACUACCAGACACGCCUGCCACUCAGCUCACCAAGAUCAGAGGUCAUGUACCUUAAACCCACUUCCAAUAACCUCAGCGUGCCCCAAGGCCACGUGGGAUGCCACACCAGCUUCACAGGCCCAGUCACCAGCAUUACAGACACACCUACUAACCGCAUGUCCAUCAUACAGACGGAUAGUUUCCCCACUGAACCUAAUUACAUGGGAAGCAGACAACAGUUUGUUCAGAGUAGUUCCACAUUCAAAGACCCAGAACGAGCGAGUCUCCGAGACAGCGGCCAUGGUGACAGCGACCAGGCUGACAGUGACCAGGACACCAACAAAGGCUCCUGCUGUGACAUGUCUGCAAAGGAAGCGCUUAAAUUGAAGGCUACAGGUGUUAGGCUGCCUCCGUUGGAACAAGAUGAGGAGUGUUUGAAUUGUACUGAGGAGUGCCGAGUACUGGGUCAUUCUGACCGCUGCUGGAUGCCACAGUUCUCUGGUGGAGGAAACCAGGCAGAGGGUGUUGAUUACCGCAAUAACAUGUUUGUGCCAGUAGGGAUGGAAAGCGUGCCUGAGACGGAGACCUUCGAGACUGUCAACCCCAAUGGCAAAAAAACAUUCUGCACAUUUGGCAAGGAGCGCCGUGAUCACACCAUCCUCAUAGCAAACGUUAAGCCCUACUUAAAGGCAAAACGGGCCCUCAGCCCAUUGCUCCAAGAGGUUCCUUCGGCAUCAGGGAGUCCAGUCAAGGGGUGUUCCACCACAUGUUCCUCAGUUAAAAGUCCGGCUGACGGGGCUGAAGGCAAACCUCCUCUUGCCACCUGCUCCGGCUACUACGGCCCUCCUGAUGGCCAGUACCUGUCGCCCACCAAACAAAACAGGGAGCAAGGGGUCUACCCACCGUUGCCUCCUUCAGACCCAGUGGCCAAAGUGCUUGCCGAGGCCCGCACCAGAAUCAGUCAAGAAAACAGAGGAGAAAUGGAGUGUGUGCUGGAGCAGGUGGAGCCUGAUGUGAGUCGUGAUGGAAUGGAUGCUGACCAGGUGGUCAGAGACAUUGACAAGCUUUUGCAGGACUGCAGAGGAAAUGAGGCCACUGGCACACUGAGGAAGUGAUACAACAGACAAAUUAAAAGGAAGAAAGAACAUUGAGUGUGGAAUAAGAAAGACUCUCAUGCCAAAACUGUCACCAAAAGUAAUACAAACGUUUAAAUUUCUCAUGUUUUUCUCAUGGUAUGCAAAAAUACCAACCCUGAACUGACUAUGAGAACAUUUAUUAUGAGUCAUUUGAAAGCAGUUCAAAUGACAAACUCCUUACCAAGAAAAAAAUAUCUAUACUGGGACAUCUGAAACCUGCUGAAAUUCUAUGUUCCUUGUGUUUCUGAUUUUCAAGAAGAUAGCAGAGGAUUGAGCCUCUGGCAUCUUGCAAGAUAUUAUCGAAGUGCCCACCAGCUCAUGAGUUUGUUUUUCAAAGUCUCUCGUGAAAUCCUACAUAUGUGUUUGUAGGUGAAUUUCUUUUAUGGGACGGCCAUAGACAAUGGAAAAGGAAAGGACUUUAUAAUGUCAGACAUAGCAAUCUACGUGAUGACAGACAUGGAUUCUGAUAUUGGGACAGUAACUGGCCAAAAUACACAAAACAACCUUAUGUUUGGUGACUUUAAUGUAGGUGUUUAACGUGAUGGAUUAUGUGUGUAAACCCGAAGGGAUUGGAAAUCAGGGCUUUGAUGGAAAGAUUGUGAUCUUUUUGGACUGGUUAGGAUUAGAGGGGACUAAUGCGCCGCUGAACGAGAAUUUCAGUGUAACCAUGUUUUUCAGCUACCAUUUGUAGCCGCGUGUAAGCUUUGUCUGUCUCACGCUUCUAUUCAAACAUUCAUGAUGCUGACCAGUGUCGUCGCACGCACCACUUCUAUACGCCGACACGCUCACAAGCACUGACUCCCUACACUACAGACACUGAUGCACACACACACACACACACACACUGGCCACUUGUGUAAUUGUCGUAUACAUGUACAUCAUCAGUUUUCAGUCCUUUGUGUACAGUGAAUUUCCAUGUGUGUGGCAAUGCCUUCAGGCAAUCACAAGUUGUAUAAAAAGGGACAUUUUUCCUCAACUGUAAAAAAAAAUCUAUAUGAUUAUAUAGAUACCUAUAUGUAAGAUUCCAUGUAUAAUGUCCUAAUAACAAAAUAUUUAUACAUUUUUAUAUAUAUAAAAAAAAAGAAAGAAAUGAGGAAUCUCAGCAAAAAGUGUCCUUGAGUUAAGGCCAAGAGUGGGGUAAGAACUCAGAACUACAAAGGAGACUGCCUCUGUUUUGAUGACAAAUAUUCAAAAAAAUAAUAAAGGAAAUGUCCCUUCACAUUAUCACUAUACAUACUAUCAUUAUAUGUGAAAAUGUAUUCAAUUUAGAUGUGUCGACAUCAAAAAAAGACAUAUUUUUAUUCAUUUUAUUACAAUUUAUGUGCAUUUGAGCCAAAUUGUUAUGUGGACAAAAGCUAUAUUGUGUAUUUUAUGAAAUUAAUAUAUAGUUGUGUUGCAAAAUACAUGGGCUUAUAUUGUAUUUGGCAAAGGUUGCCUUAGUAGCUGUCGAACUCUGUGAGUUUGCUUUAGUUUGGGAAUUUGUUGGUGUUUUGUUUUCCUCCCUUUUCUGCAUCUUUGCCGACUGGCUUCAGUGCUUUUGAGAUGUUUUCCCUGAGAUUCAGCUGUAUUUACCACAAUAACCUUUGAAAGCUUAAUGAGCCAGCUAGCAGAUUUACAACACAACACAAAACUCACCAACAACAAUAACACAAAAAAAGCAAAGACCACAAAAUAACUAUUGGUAUUUUUAAGGAGCCGAUUUUUUACAGGGCAGCUAUUUACUUUAACAAGAGCUAGUAUGCAAAUUUUUGUGUUCAAUAUGUUUUUUACUUUCAAUUCCCAAAAAAAAAAAAAAGAAACCUGCCAUAUGGAAAAUAGUGAUUUUCUUAGUGCUCAUCAAACUGCCUUACUGUCUCUGCGGAGAGCUUUCAUUAUAUGUGGAUCUUAUGACUGCUUAUGAGACCCUGGUCUACCAGAAUGUGCAUUUUCUAUAAAGGACCAAAGGAGGUCCCCCUUCAGCAGUCCCUGUUAGUAAUGUAUGUACUCCUUCUCAACACAUGCUAGAAUUCUCCUAGAAACUGGACAUCUGAAAUGAUCUGCUCAGAACUCGAUGUCUUAGCUAUUUAGGUACAUCAUAGUAUAUUCACAUUGAGGCUUUCUUAAAAUAUAGACACAUACAUUUAUUUUUUUCAAAUCUUGGCAAAUUUUGGCCACUCUGUGAAAUAACAAUGAGAGGUGCUUUUUCUAAUGUUCUUUGACGGUAAAAUCAACCCAACAGUAGGCAUAUGUUUUAACCACAAAUCCAUGUAUGAUGCACCCCUGAGAGGGAACAGUGACUUACUGUAUAUUCAUUUAGCUCCUGAUGUGUUGUACUGGGAAAUGUGUAAUGUGAGUCUUGACAGCAAGAAUAAUAUAUUCCAUCUUGCAUGACAAGCCACAUCAGAGUACAUUUCUUUUCAUGUCACGUUUUAAUGACGUUGCUGGUUUUGAACGUCCUUGUGUCACUCUGCCUUCCUCACAUGAAGUAUUUCUCUUUUUGUUUGCAUAUGUUGUCCUUCUGUUCCUGUGUUUGUUUUCUUGGCAAUGAGUAGGAAAUUAUCAAUUGCAUUUGAAACUCUUUUUGGUCUGUAAAGUAUUGAUUUCUGAUUUACUUUGCUGUUUGCCUCAGAGAUGGCAGUAGCUGCUUUCGAGUAGGCUUGGAGGAUUUGGCUUAAGGGAGAGUAUUUAUGGUUACUUAAAAUGGGAGGUUUAUUUUCCUCUCUUGAUUAAUCAAGUGAGCCUGACACUUGCAUCAUACACACAGUAGAAACAGUUCAAAUGUGCUGUUCAAAAUACCCCUGCACAAAGAAGCCACCACUUCAGCAACACACUGCCUUCCAUUGACAUGCAAAGGCCCUUAAAGGUAAACUCAAGGGUGAAAAUUAGGACAAAGCACUACCUAGAAAACUGUGACACUGCUUGUGAACUUGUCUUUGUGUUAUUUCUUCUUUUUAGCGCAUUGUGCCCCAUCUUCAUUCAGGAUCAAGCAUUGUUUUCGCCAUAUUCAUCUGCUUUAUUUCAUUCCAUGUCAAGUUUAACAAAACGUCUAUUUUUUUGCUGUUAAAUGUGUGAUAUUUAAUUUUAAUGCUACAUAAACCUGAUUUUCCUGCAAGUCGUGUUUGGGAAAUAUUGCACGAUUUAAUCAUUUUUUAAUAGGCACAGCUGAGUGCUGUCCCCUCUAAUGGUGUUUCCCUGGCGCCAUGAACUGUCUGUUCAUGUGCAAACCUAGGCCAGAAAGGAGCUGGUUCUUGUGUAUGGAAGGAACUCUUUAAAGCCAUGGCUCCUCUCCUGGGCUAUUUGCUGUCUAAUAGUGCAAGGCCUGAUGCUGAGGUCAGCACAUAAUAGGAGAUGGAGCGUGAUGCGAGGUCUCUCACAUUAUGCUAUCAUUCACAGCUGGCAGUGUAUUUUUCUCAAAUGUGAAAUGGGCUAUUUUAGCACACUGUCUGGUUUUACCAAGUUUUUUGGACAAGGCCUUGUUGAAUGUGGCUCACUGCCAUAUUUACACUCACACCGUUGCAGGUACAAACACACCCAUAACAGGCUGCUUUUUCAGUCACAACAAGCAUCCAGUGUUUGUCAGUGUCAUCUUCCCCCUUCCCCCAAAACUGCACUGCACAGAAUAUUGCUUCACGCUACAACAGGCAACUGGUCAAGACCAGAGAAAUCCACAUGGAUUAUUUCAACCGCUAUUGUCUAAAGGCUUUGUUCAUUGUGAA